ACUCGACAGCAUACGUCCUGGUAGAUUUCCCGCUGUGGGGCUGGCCCGGCAUCAAAAUGGGCCACACGCGAGUCUUGGACAGCAGCGUAACGCUCAUGACACUGCCGCUUUCGCCUCUGGUCUUUGAUGUAGCAGAUUUCUUCUCGGCCGAGGAUGCCGAGUCCAUUAUUUCAGAAGGCGGGCAGCACAUGGAACGGUCUCCCGUUGACGGUGCCGAGGACGGCAGCGACUACGAAGACCCCCGAACAAGCUAUACGGCCUUCCUCAACGAUUCUGCGCUGACGCGGGACUUUUGCCGUCGAACGGUGCGUCUCACACGGCUGCCAUGUCCGGCGUGUGUCGAGCGCCUCCAGCACGUUCGGUACGAAGAAGGGCAAUGGUUUCGCCAGCACGAAGACUACUUUGAUUCGAUGGACUUUUUGAACCGCAACGAAUUGCACUGGUCCAUCAUUCCCACGCCGCCGCGCCUCAGUGGCGAGGCCCAGUACUUUCGAUGGCUGCGAUGGGCAAAUGAGAGAGUGGCUGUCCUUGGCGCGGAUGUCCCCCAGGCAUUUCAGCCAGCCGGCAAGCACUUUCCCACGUUUUCUCGUGCGUACCAGACCACAGUAUUGAAAUGGAUGAUUGCCGACGUCUCGCGGGACGACUUGACCUGCGCAGUGAACGGAGCUGGGUCGAUUGGCUCAUCGAGAACGCGAACGCGGACGCUACUGGAGCUCCUGGCCAUUUUCCCCGACGUGUUCCGUGUCGUUGCUGGCGUGUUUGCCGCGAUAGCGGGACCUGCUUUCACCUACGAGAUCUCCGACAUUGUCAAGUACCAAGAAGCCCACCGCUUCGUCACUCUGUUCAUGUACUUGAACGACGUGGAGGAAGGAGGAGAGACGGUGUUUCCGUACUCCAAAGAGCGCCUUGUGACGGAUAUUGACCGAGGAGCAAUGUCCGAGUGCUCGGAUGGCCUGGCGACGGGGACCAAUGAUCUCGAUCCGAAGAGUCUUCACGGCGGGUGUCCGCCCAAGAAAGGGGUCGAAUACGGCGCGAACUUGUUUGCGUGA